CCCUGGCUGGGAAGCGUAAGGGAGGCACCCGGCCAGGAAAAUCGCAGCCUCCCCACUCCCUAAUGGAAGAGGAGCUGCAUUAAGCCCAUUAACAUCCGCCAAAUGGUUAUCAUCAAUUUUUAAUCAGAAAUAAGAACAGAAAUAUGGUAAGCAGCAGCUCCUAGCAGCAAGUAAAUUUAAAUAACGCCAAUAGGGGAAUCCAAUCACUUAAGCGCAGGAACUCGAGCAGCAAUGGGGGAGCAGAGGGGUGCGCGCCGCUACUCCAAAGGAGAAGGCGACAGGCAGCUAUGUUAAUGUAGAUCGAAGCGCUGCAAAAAAAGGAGAAAAAAGCCAGCCGAUCCCUCGGACCCAUUAACCCCUUCCCGGCUCGCCCUCUCUCUUUGGCGCCCCGCGCGCGCAACCAAACACACACACACACCAGCACACAGCCAGUGCCAGAUUUUCCCGCCUCUCGCCUGCAGGACCCAGCCGCGCGGGCAGCUUUUGCAAAAAGCAGGAUCUUGCACGGCAUCUCCGCACUCCGCAGCUGGUUCAAUGGGCUAAAGGGAGAUACAUCCCGCGGCUCUGCGGGGCCGCCUUCCAGCAGCCUUGGAGAGAGGAUCCUUCGGCGGCAGCUCCCUGGCCCCGUCGCCAGAGUUUGCAGAGCGCAUGCUGGACGGGGCGAGGGUGGAGGGGCCAGCGAGGUCCCCGUCCCCUCUGCCUCCUCCUCCUCCCCUCGAGUGAUCCGGUGCCCGACGGAGGAAGGAGGGCUAGAGGGGGUCAGGAGGAGGAUGGGGGCCGGCCUCCCCCCGGGGCUGCUGGCGCUGGGGGCGGCUUUGCUGUGCCCGCCGCCCUGCCAGGGCAGCUGCGCCGAGCUGAAGUGCGGCGAGCAGGAGAGCUGCUGCAGCUACGGCAACGCCACCUACCCGGAGGUCAAGUGCUGCCGGCUGCCCUUUCACACGUUCCUGGACAACGUGGGCUGGUUCGUGAGGAAGCUCUCGGGGCUGCUCAUCUUGCUGGUGCUCUUCGCCAUCGGCUACUUCCUGCAGCGCGUCAUCUGCCCGAGUCCGCGCAGGAACAGCCGUCGGCGCCCCGGACGCCGCCGCCGCGACGACGAGGACGACGACGACGACGAUUGCGACGAGGGCGACGGGGACUCGCUGGCCCGUGGAGGCACCCCGCUCAACGCCACGGCCGCCACGUCGCAGGACUCGCUGCUCGACAGCGGCCGGAGCAGCCAGGCGCCGCCGCCGCCGCCGCCGCCCCCCCUCCUGCCCGUCGUGUCGCCCGUCUUCUUGCAGCUGCCCAGCUACGAGGAGGUGAAGUAUUUGCCCACCUACGAGGAGUCCAUGCGCCUCCAGCAGCAGCCCCUCGUCCUCCCCGUCACCAGCCUGGCCACGGGCGCGGGGAGAGGCCUCGCGGGGGCGGGCAGCUGAGGACCCGCUUUCCCCUAGGGCCCCCCUCCCCACCACAAGGAGCUGCAACUCCCCGAGGGGGCGGCGGCGCGCGUGGCUCGACGGAGCUGCCCCUUUCCACGGAGACGCCGG